AGACAACUCCUCAAGUCUGCAGCCCCAAUUCCGCCCCCAACCUGUCCACCCCUUACGUGACGCACUAACGGCGUGAGUAUCGCCGGAAAUCUGCGUAUCCGGCCGGGAGGAUUAUGGAUCAAUCAGGAUUAUGUGCGGGACGCUACAAGGCCGCAGCCCAUCCCGGAGAUUGCUCAGCCCGCGCGGGCAGAGAGCGCGAGCCGGGCCGCGAUUCCGCGAGCGACUGACCGCGGCGGCGCUCGGUUGGCGCGAGGCGGCGCAGGCCGCGGUUGAAAGUGACAGUGGCGGCCGCCUCCCUCCCGCACUGACCCACAUGGCCGGCGGUUUCUCCGUCCACGCGCCGUCCCAGGCGCCGUCUCCGCCGCAGUCGCCCGCCACCCGCCGCCCGCGCCCCGUGCUGCAGCAGCCCCGCCUCCGCCAUCAUGCCUCCGGCCACUGCGUCAGAGCGUCUCGAGCAAGACGCAGAGCCUCGGCGACUCCUGUUCUUCUCCCAGGGGAAAGGCUUGGAAACGAAAGGCUCUCGUCCUUUCACCGUCCGCCGGCGUCGAGUCGAGCGGCGCCGCACCGCCCGCACCGGCGUCAGUCGCGACUGCGCUUCUUCUGGGCGAUGGGCAGGGAAAGCGUGCAGAAUAAACCUUGUUCCAUUGCGAACGCGGGGCGUCCAUGUAGCAACUCAUUGCUGAAGUCACCGCUGGUGCUGCUGCUCGUGGUAACUUUGGCAACGCCAACGCUACAAGAUGUCCAAAGCGCCGUGCAGGCAGUCACCACCUUCAGCAACAGCCUCGUGCCUAAGCUCUACCAGGCGUUGGCGCCUGGACGAGAAAAUGUGGUGUUCGCCCCCUUCGGGCUGGCAACGAACAUCGCCAUGUUGCUGGAGGCGGCGGAGGGCGAAACGGCCGAGGAGAUUCUUCGAACGUUCAGCAUCGCCCCAGACGCCCGCGACGAGCUGAGGCAGGGCUUCAAGGCCUACUUCGACACCUUCGAGCACGCUGCAGCGGCGUCGGCGGAGAGUGGCGAAGCCGCAGGAGCCUUCAACAUGGCGAUGCUGCGCACGGCCGCUAUCCUGUCUCCAGAAUACAAGACUCUACUGGCCAAAUACUACCGCGCCAACAUUACUGAAGUGCAGCAAUUCGACAAUUUCACUGGGUCGCAGCCGCCGGCGCUGGCGCUGGAGCUGCGCACGGACUCGGGCGUGAUGAGCCACUGGCGCGACUACCAGCGCCUGGGCGUGUUCACCUUCCUGUCGCACCGCGGCGCCGCGCCCUUCCACCGCGCGCCGGGCGACGCCGUCGCCGUGCCCAUGAUCCCGCAGGUGGGCGUGUUCCGCUCGGGCCGCCUCGACCACCUCGCCUGCAGCGCCGUCGAGCUGCAGCUGGAGGUGGGCGCGGUGAACCUCCUGCUGCUGGUGCCGGACGCGGCGGACUCGAUGGACGAGCUGCUGGUGAAGCUGUCGGGCGUGCAGUUCGCGCACCUGCCGGCGUGGCUGGCGUGGGGCGAGCGGGAGGUGGCGCUGCCGCAGCUGGCGGUGCUGUCGUCGGCGCUGGACCUGGCGCCGUUCCUGCGCCAGCUGGGGCUGCGCCGCGCGCUGAACGCGUCCGCCGCCGACCUGGGCCGCGCGCGCGCGCGCUCCCCGGCCGCGCCCGCCGCCGGGCCGUCGCGCCUCGUGGCCGACGCGCCGCGCCUCUACCUCAAGUCCGUCACGCAGGACGCCUACUUCUCCACCUCCUUCGUCGCCCGUUAUGAAAUUAAAUUUCAAAAAGUUUUUCAAAUUUGGCAUAAAAAUAACUUAGAUAAUAACAAAUCUCAUGUGAGAAAUAUCAUAAAUAUGAGAAAUGAUAAUUGGAACGAAAUACAUUACACAAUAUUUUCAUGCUGUAUUCACGUGUUUGUAAGUGAUUAUCACAGUGCUCACAAUAUGAAACAUCUGUCUUCACAACUUUUCUUCAAGGCUAAUCACUGGGAAUAA